GUUUAUUUAAGGAGAAGUCUGUAAGGUCAUGAUCAUUAGAUCAUCUAUUUCUUAUUUUUUAUUCCACUAUGCUACCCAACAUUUAUUUUCUGUUACAUUUCCAUUAAUCAUCACAGUUGGGGGGGUUUCCUCCACAUUUUAGCUCCACCAGCUCCGGGCAGCCGCUCCUCUCCGGGUUUGGAUGAGAAAAUGCGUCUUAUUGGACGAGGGCAGGGCCGUGCUGUCAGGUGAUGCGGCGGCAGCCACUCGCUCUCUAUUUUCUCUCUGUGUGGAGAAAUCACUGGUCUCUCAACCCGGAUGCUGUUCCACUACUAUCGAUGAUUUCGCCCAGUACGCAGAGGUGUAGGCAGAGCAAGGGGGGCGGAAACAUUUCAGUACCCUUGAGGCGGACAGCUCUCCCCGGAUCCACACGUUCUGACCGCCGGGCUCCGCAUCCGAGCCUGGAGGGCAGGUGGGGAUCAUAAUCUGCUCUUCACACAAUAAAACAUUGGAGGGUGUGACCGCUACAUUAAAAGCAAACGCAUCGUGACCACUUGCACGCUGCUGAAGCCGAAAAAGAGGGAGUAAGUGAGAGAGACAGGGGUGAGCAGAGCAGCAUCACCACACACACACACACACACACACACACACACACACAGAGACUGAGAGAGGGAGAUGGCGGAGUGCGGGCGGAAGGCGCUGUCUCUCCUGGAAGCGGCCCGUUCCCGGUACGAGAGCCUGCAGAUAUCCGACGACGUGUUCGGCGAGUCCGGGGAUGACAGCAGCGACAAUCCCUUCUACAGCACCUCCGGAGACUCCGACUCCGACAACUACAUAGCCGAGGUAGGCGAAGAGGAGCAGCAGCAGCAGCAGCAGCAGCAGCCGAAGCACCAACACCACCAAAAACGGUUUGAUAAGGAGAGCGGGCACAGCUGGGGGACAGGAGGCGGCACCGGCAGUGGCAGCGGAGGGUGCAGCGCAGCCGGUCCACCCGGCUCUCUGUCCCGUAGUCAGGCAGAGGAGGAAGGCUGGACGGAAACUCUGCAGGAUGUCACGGUGCCGCCGUACAACGAGACAUACGGCCCAGCUCAGAAGAUGCCAGCCACUGCCACAGCCUUGGACUUCUUCCAGCUCUUCGUCCCAGACAACUGCAUCCAAAACAUGGUCGUCCAGACUAACAUGUAUGCCAAGAAGUUCCAGGAGCGCUUCGGCUCAGACGAAGGUUGGCGUCCUGUCACGGCCCAGGAAAUAAAGGCCUUCCUGGGCUUUGUCAUCUCCACCAGUGUGCACCACUGUGAGUCGGUACUCAGCAUCUGGAGCUCGGGCUUCUUCAGCAACAGGAGCAUUGCUUUGAAGAUGAGCCAGGCACGCUUCGAGAAGAUCCUCAAGUACUUCCACAUCGUGGCUUUCCGGCCAUCGCAGGGAAGCAACCAGGGCCUGUACAAGAUCCAGCCAUUCCUGGACUCGCUGCAGCAGUCGUUCAGCUGUACCUUCAGACCUUCACAGACACAGGCUCUUCAUGAGCCCCUGAUAGACGAGGAUCCAGUUUUCAUCACCACCUGUACGGAAAGGGAGCUCAGGAAGAGGAAGAAGAGGAAGUUCAGCCUCUGGGUUCGACAGUGCACAUCCACCGGAUUCAUCUGCCAGAUCUCAGUCCACCUGAAGGAGGGUCAGGGUACCGACGGUCUGGCCACCCUGAAGAACAAGCCUCAGCUCCACAGCCUCGUGGCCAAGCAGCUCUGCCAGAACAUCGCUGGCAAGAAUACCAUCAUCUUCACCGGACCAUCCAUCACGAGCCUCAGCCUCUUUAGCGAAUUCAGCAAACAAGAUAUCUACUGCUGCGGUCUGCUGAGCACCAGGAAGAGCGACUGCACGGGUUUACCACAAAGCAUGCUGGUCUGCAGCUCCACGCCAGCGCAGCGCGGCCAAUCGCGAGUGAUGAUGAAAGGCAGCAUGUCACUGAUCAGCUGGUACAACAAGGGACACUUCAGGUUCCUCACUAACAGCUAUUCCCCAAUGAAACAAGGUAUGAUCAUCAAGAGGAAAAGCGGGGAGAUCCCGUGUCCCUUGGCUGUUGAGGCCUUCGCGGCGCACCUCAGCUACAUCUGCAAAUACGACGACAAGUACAGCAAGUACUUUAUCUUCCAUAAGCCCAACAAAACCUGGCAGCAGGUGUUCUGGUUGAGCAUCAGCAUCGCCAUCAAUAACGCGUACAUCCUCUACAAGAUGUCUGACGCCUACACGGUUAAACGCUACAGUCGAGCGCAGUUUGGAGAAAGACUGGUCAGAGAGCUGCUGGAUUUAGACGACUGCUCCCCCACACAGUGAGGAGGAGGACGAGGACAGCCGGAGCACACAGCAAAAAAAACACACACUGAAACACACACAAACACACACAAACACAAUCCCCACGCACGCAUUUACACUCUUCAUUACGGUUGUACAGGCUCUCCAGUCUGUGUCUUUGUGAUGAUGCUGAAGCGGUGCCAAGCCUGUAGUUGUUUUCUGUGGUACUGUAAAUACUCAUUCACACACUUCCUGCACACUGCACAGUAGAGAAUCAUGAGCCAUGGGACAGUUCACUGACUAACUUUUAUCCACGUAGAUUUACUAGGUGUUUGUCAGCAGGAGCUCCUUCAUAAGCAGAGAUGCAGGGGGGGAACAAUGAAACCCGGGACGAAUUUGCCCUUAAAUGAUGUCAGCUGCAAGUUUCAACAGCUAACUCUUAAUAUGAGCCUGAACCUCCCACGUGACUGCUCAAACAUGUGCUCAUCAGGCUAAGAGGCUACAUGUAGCUCAAUAUUUACAUUCUGCAAAAACACCUGUGACCGUGUAACAAAAGCUUAGUAAACCAGGACUAUGGUGUGUUCACACGCUGCAUGCAUAACGAAUCUGAAUUGUGAUGUUCUCUUGUUCAGUGUGAAAAUGAUUUCUGCUCCAGGUGGGUUUUUGAAACUGUGUGUGUGUGUGUGUGUGUGUGUGUGUUUAACAAGUGGAACUGCCAUUUGUGUGCGCAACUGUAAGCCUGAGGUUGUAAAUAUACGGCUAUCGUGACCCAGAUGUGUAGUGUUGCUGCAUAUCAUACUCACUAGAGGAAGACUGUCAGGUGACAUAAAGCUACACCCAGCAGUGUGGCAUCAACUCACAGCCUCCCUGAAAGACAGACUUGGAUUCGGAACUUUUAAAGCCGCACAAAUUCAUAAAUUCCUCAUGUGAAAUCACCCAAACUGGUCCAACUUGGAUUCAGAAUGAGAGAAUAGGUUUUUGACAAAAGAAAUCUAACAAUAAAAUGGCAUCAAAGCUCGUGCCCACUUUUAAGUGGGCAGAUAAAUUAAUCUAAUUUGUCUGUUUUUAUUGCCCAUGUAGUUAAAAGUACUUUGGCUUUGCAGUGCACAACAUGUUCAAAAUGUCCUUCUGUGAGCCAGCGUUGCUAAGCAGCAAGUACAAUCUUGGCCGGUGGGCAGGGGUUUAGAUAAUAUUUACUUGGCAAGAUUUAAAUCCAGGAAGUAAAAACUGGCUCACUGGUGGCUUAUAAGAUGUCCCAGAAAACCAACUAUUGCAACAAAUCUUAAUGUAGAUAUAAAAAAAAACGGCUUUGGGGCUGUGACUUGCUUUCUCAUUUUGGUGCCCAAAUCUCAUCAGGGCAAGCGAACUGACGUGAGUUAGCUGUGAAAUUAUUUGACACAAUUCGGACUGUGGGACAUUUCCUGCCAAGUUAACUGAUUUGGAGCCGCCAUCUCGUGCCACACUGCUGUCUGUAGCUUUAAUGACGACUCUCCAGUCCACGUCGCUUCGCUUUGUGAUGCAGUCGACAUGUUAUUGCCACGCUGGAUUCAUGUUAUGAAGACUUUAAGUGAAAGGUUUUUGAUGUGUGCUUGCUCAGUCAGCAUGGCUCGAUGUGUGAAUAUAUAUUACAGCGACAUGACAGUCUUUAAGUUGUCGGGUGAGUCGCCGGGCAGGACUCAUGUACCCCCCCCAUCGCGGCCUUGCACUUUGAGGAGAAUUGUAAAGUUAGCAACAUGCUUAUUAGAUGUUCAUUUUAGAAUUAAACUCAACUAUAGCGUACACUGCUCUCAGAAAAAUAUUGAAAAUACGAAUAAAUGCGUUCUGUAAAUACAGAUAAAUAAUUGAAAUGGACUAUAUAUAACAAACAGCAAUGAAAUAAGAGUGAAAAUGAAAGACUAUAACCAAAACAGAAGAACUUUGACUGUAGUUUUAGAGUACAAGGUACAGUCUGUGUGCGUAUAUUUUGUUUACAAAUUACUGAGUGUAUGUGUGCGUGUCCCACUGUCUCUGAGACUCAAGAUUGUGAUUUUUUUAACUUUCUCACUAAUCCAAAGCAUCUUUGUUGUAAUUGUUGCACUUGUCUGUAUGUGAACCACCGAAUGUCGUCGUCAUGUUGUCUGUCCAAUCAUUGUCCACUUUGACAUAACGCCGGUAAGCUCAGAGGGCACCACUGUUGCUUCGAAACAGUUUAAAGAUAAACUUAAAGCCCUCUAUGGUUGAAUUUUUCAAGUCUGAUGCACCUGUAAACACACUCUCUCCAGUGAUGACACACCCUGUAGUACACCUCCAUGUCACUGCAGCAGGGUGAGAAGUUAACCCACCGGAGGUCAGAACACGCAAAAUUUGAAAGACGCUGUUGGGUUGAACGUUACAGCAAAGCAGCUUGAUAUUGUACCCCACAGUGGUUGUUUGAUGAUUAUUUUCCCAUUUAAUAAAUGACUAGAUUUGGACGA